AUGUACCAGGAGGAGGAGAAAUUUUACUUAACCCAGUUCCCCACCACCAGUGUUAACUCCCGAGGUUACUUCUUCAAGAUGGGAAAAUUUCAAGGCCAUUCCUUUGGAGGAUUCAGAUCGAAUAUACCAAUCAUCCCAACUGGUGGCUUCUGCCCAGUGACAGCUGUGGAAAACGGGAAGAAUUUGACAAUGGACUCCGUACUCGUGUGUUGGGCGGUAGCGAUGCUGAGUUGGGGCCAGUACCCCUGGAUGGCUGAACUGGUCAAGGUCAAACUUGGAGGCUUUGAACACCAUUGCGGCGGCUCCAUCAUUAAUGACAGAUAUAUUCUGACAGCAGCCCAUUGUGUUGAAUCUAUUCAGGAUAUGUUGGUAAGACUAGGAGAGCUGACUCGGAGCACGUCCGUGGACUGUUCCAAAGAUAAGAGUCGCUGUGCUCCCCCGGCUGUGUACAUGGACAUUGAGUACGUUGUUAUCCACCCACAGUUCUUUUACUUUGGAAACGUUUUCCCAAAACAUGACAUCGCCCUCCUCAGAUUGAGGCAUCAGAUUGAGCAGUUCAACGAUUUCAUACGUCCGAUAUGUUUACCCCACAUUCCCCAAACAUGGACUAGCUUUGGACAACAAAUUUAUGGAAGUUGCAGGUUGGGGAAACACGGUUUCAGGCACACAAAGCGAUACAUUACAGACCAUCAAAGUUCCUAUAGUACCUCAGAAGCAGUGUAGUGACCUCUGGCAUAGGCUCUGCGUUACAGGUCGUGAAGCAGAGUGUCUCUCGGAUAUCCACGAAAACGUUAUGUGUGCAAAUACAAGGAGAGCGAAGGGUAUUUGCGUUGGAGACUCUGGAGGUCCCCUGAUG